AUGUCUUUCAACGAUUUAGAAAGAGGAGUAGGAUCAACAAAUGGUCGAAGAAAUUAUGGUGGUGUCUCACCUCUUUCGGGUGGUAUGCACAUUCUUUAUGAGUAUAAAGAAUUCAAAAUUGUUUUUGAUAUUACCAGUAAUGUGGCGACGAUACAAAGGCUAGUCAGUUAUCUUGGAACGGCGAAAGAUACUCCUGAACGUCAACGAAAGCUUGAACAACAAAAACUUUCAAAAGAUUUUCAAAAAACGUUAACAGAGUUCCAGAAAGUACAAAGGCUUUCAGCAGAAAAACAACGUGAAUAUGUCGAUAAAGCAAAGGCGCAUAAUGUCCGAAAUGACGUAUAUGAAGAAGAUGAUGCUGUUAUUCAUGAAGCACAGCCUCUUAUAAAUGACAAUCAACGACGAAUUCAAUUUCAAGUUUUAGAAAAUGAGGUCGAAUAUAAUGAAUCAUUAAUCGCAGAACGUGAAGGUGAAAUCAGGGAAAUCGAACAAGGACUUAAUGAAUUGAAUGAAAUUUUCAGAGAUUUAGGAACAUUAGUAUCAGAACAACAAUCGAUGUUAGAUAACAUUGAAAGUAAUGUGACAAACAUUUCCAUAAAUGUUCGAAGUUCAGCUGAUGAAUUGAGCAGCGCUAGUAGACUUCAAAAGAAAGCACGUAAUC